AUGGGUGCAGAACAAAGUGUUGUUGGCCACCAGAAGUCGUCUAGUAUUCAACAAAAUCUUCACACAACUGUUUUAUCGCCGACGUCUUCUUCUUCUUCUCAUUCGAAGCCCACAAAACAGACAGGUCAUUCUUCAUCUGUCCCAUCUUCACCGCAUUACGAUUGGCGUCGUCAAUCAUUCACAGGACCAGUUGUCAAUAACACCACCGCUAGUAAUAGUAACAGUCAACUAGUUCCAUCUAAUCGUCAACAGCAGUCUCAUCAGAAACAACAAAGAACUUCAUUAUCGAGUUUAUCAAAAGAUGUCACAAUAUCACAAUCAUCUUUCUUAUUCCCAUCAACAGCUUCAAUAGUUGAACCAUGUUUGAGCCAAUCGCAUCGAUCCCUUUCAACAAAAUCAUUGAAUUACUCCCUGGAUAAGUCUACAGGGACAUCAACGUCGCAUAAACAUUCCAGUGGUAUUUUGGUUGUAAAUCGUGGCCGAUAUGCAUCAAGUCAAUACGAAUUGAACACUUGUGGAGAUGUUAUCAGUAGCUAUAGUAAUAAUAAUAAUAAUAGUAGUACAAAUAAUUAUUAUACAGACAUUGGUAUCAGCCAGUUGAAGAAACUUCAACGAAUAUCUACAUUUGAACCACUUUUAUCCGUUAAUAGUGGUAGUAAUACUAGGGGUGGCGGAGUCGACGUUAAAACGCCAUCCUCGUCAUCUCACUCAACAACAACAACAACAGUGAAUAAACAGACUACUAGUACUGGUGUAAACACUCAGUCGUCAACAGGAUUUAGAAAGAAACAAUUUAUUCCUCACAUUCCAGAAUUUGAAUGUGAUGAGUUGAUUCAACUUUCAUUGACUUAUGAAGAAUAUUUGCAUAAAUACGCGACAGAAGUAUCACAAAAACAAUCCGAUAUAAUAACUAUACAAAAUAAACUCGAUCGAGAUGUCUGUCAAUUGUCAGAAAGCCUUGAAGCUCGUGAAAAAGGCAUCAUCACUGGUGGUGGUGGUAAUGGUUCAAUGCGUCAUUCAACUAGUUUAACAUUUCGUAGUCCUUUUAACAGUCCAAAGAAAAUUAAUCCAAAUCUGUCAGAAUCAAAUUCCAGCCGUAAACAAAAGUUAGCUGGUUCACAACAAAUUGAAACAAUUGUCUUAUUAACUAGUCAAAUUUCUGGUUUAAUGUCUCAAUGUGAUGAAUUAUGCAAGCAUUUGAUGAGUACAAUCAAUAAUCUUAACGAAACAUUAUCAAAUUAUGAAUCUAAUUUAAAAAAUACAUAA